AUGUCAGAUGCAGUUCCCCCACCCGGAGGCCAAGAACCACCAGCCGCCGACUCCACCCGCGACUCGACUCGCACUGCCGAUGGAUCUGAUAUGAGUACAGCCAAGGAAUGGUUCAAGGCGGUACUCAAGAUCCAACACUCGGCCAUCACUCAAGCCCAGGAGGACCGCCGUCAAGCCCUAGAAGAUCGCCGAGCGGACCGACAACUUUUUCUCGCUGUCCAUCAAGCCAGCGCAGAUCGCAUUGGUCGAUUGGAAGAUUUACUGCUAGCAAUGAAUAUCAAAAACGAAGUUAAUGCACGGACCGAACAACCAGCUCCGGGACGAAUCGACUUGCAAAAGUUUCGUACCUCCGAUGGUCCAACCUAUCGCGGGCCGUUUCAAGAAACGGAACCAUUUUUACGCUGGAUUCAUGGUGUUCAAAUUUUUUUUGAGACAAAGAGUGUCAGCAACGCGGCUGAUAAGAUCAAAAUUCUUGGGAAUUUAGUGGCGGAGACUAACCUUCAGGCUUUCUACGCAAACGAGGCGUCAAGUUUCCUCAACAAAUCCUGGGAAGAAUUCAAAAUCCGCAUGUUUGAUUUUGCCUUACCCAACAAUUGGCGCUCAGGACUACAACGGCAGAUCCGUAAACUCGACAUGUUACCGACCGAGACCUUUCUUGAUUAUAGCACGCGAGCUCGCACACUACAAAGCUUAUUCAACUUUGAUGCCGAGAAGUUCUCCAAGCUUGGAGAUCUACAACUAGCUCAAUUUUUGGUUUACGGCCUGCCGGAUUCCCUUCAAGAUAGGAUCUACGAACGCCAACUUCUAGAAGCUUCACCUUUUGCCUACGGUCAGUUCGAGAAACAAGCCAACGCAUCGUUCCUCGCGUUACAACGCCCCACAGAAUUACCAUCGCUAGCCAAGUCAACGUCCAACGCACCACCGACACUAGGUCGGGAUGAGUUCAUAUGGCGAGUCCAUGCGUAUCUGGAUUCGCAGGGACUCUGCCACUUCUGCAAGAAGCACUGCGGAAACGCAGCCGGAGCCUGCCCCGGACCAAUCGACCGUUCCCACAUCAAUAUCCCAAAUAACUUUCAAACACCAACCAAGCCGCUCGACUAUGUGGCCCCUCGCGCCCGGAGUAGACCAACCGCUGGCCCCGGACGAACAUCUCAACCCCCAGCUGGCCGACCCUCAGCUCGUGCAGCUAGUGUGGCGGGUAUUGCGGAAGUAUCACCCCUUGAAGCUCAGGUUGCCGGGUUAACCGUCGACGCGGCGAUUAGGGAAGAUGCACGCCUCGACCAUGAAUUUGACGAUGAGGGAUGUUUCCCAGCCCUUGGUACAGCAGCUGUGGCUGCACUUGAGGAUCUUGAUGCCCAACUCCUACAAAACGAAAUUGACCGGGCUACCCAAAUCUCUAGCGGUUGGACUGGUAACUUAGCAGAUGACAUUGCGGGUUGUUAG